AUGCGCUCUGUUCGCUGUCUUUGCGCACGACGCGCUAAUCUCGAAGUCCUCCUCAUCAACAAGCGAGUCUAUAGCGAGGCCGCGCCCAUCUUCUGGAGCGAGAAUUUCUUCGCGUUUGAAUACCCGAAUCUCCUCAGCGGCUUUCUUCGCGCAAUCAGUCCGCAGACACGGCUAUGGCUGCGCAGGAUAUCAUUUAUGCCGUCGCAUGACCGGGUGAAGAAUGAUGAUACCACAAUCUCUGAUGACAGCUGGCAUUCGCGAUGGGGGGAUGCUAUGGACGAUCCGUGGGGCUGGGAUGACAUCAAGAGCUGCUGGCAGCUUCUUCGAGGGUGCGAGGGACUGGCACAUUUGGAGUUGGAUGUUUACUGCCUGAGUCGGUUGGAUUGGGCUACUUAUUCGAGUAGUCCAUACGCCCACGACAGAGCUGAUAGCUACAGGCAUGAAAGGAUCGCGAGCGAUCAGUAUCAAACGACCCUAUACGAGAUCUACGGGGGAGACAUCUACCCCGUCCGAGACGACGUCGACUGGCAUUAA